AUGCGAUUUUUAAUCAGCAUGUCGACGUGUACACACGGAGCGCGUUUACACAAGCCUCCGCAGCGCAGGACGAUAUGGCUCGCUGUCUCUCCUGACACCCAGAGGAAGCGUCCCCCGGCCGGGUCGAGGACCUCGGCCUCCACUCCGACCGGCUUCCUUCUCUCCCAGUCAGUCGUGUCGAGUCUGUCCCACAGAGACCUCUCUUCACUCCGCUCGUACGUCUUCGGAAAGACACGGACGCCCUUACGCACACUUGUUGCCUUUGCAAGCUCAUCGGUACCCUCCACAUCCGGAUCACUUAAGGGUCAGACUGACACGGAACGUGGCCACACACCGACCAAUGUACCACUGGAGGACGUCAAGAGGGUUUUGCGACUUGCUCACCCGGAGAGGUUGAAACUAUCAGCUGCUGUUGGCUUCUUGACCAUCUCCAGCGCCGUCACCAUGUCGGCACCGUUUCUCCUGGGCAGAGUGAUCGACACGAUCUACACGGCUGGAACGGACACGGAGGCAAUGACGUCCUCCCUCGCGUCGCUGUGCCUCAUGUUGACUGGCGUGUUUUUGUGCGGUGGGGCAGCCAACGCCGCUCGAGUCUACCUCAUGCAGAUUUCCGGCCAACAGAUUGUGCGCAAUCUCCGCGCCUCCGUUUUCUCCUCCAUCCUCAGACAGGAAGUGGCGUUUUUCGACAGAAACAGGACAGGCGAGCUGAUCAAUCGCCUCUCUGCAGAUACGGCCGUGGUCGGCCGCUCGAUCACCGACAAUCUGUCUGACGGCCUGAGAGCCACAGCACAGGCGGUUGCUGGAGUCAGUAUGAUGUUCUACGUCUCCCCCAGUCUGGCGAGCUUCAUGCUCCUAAUUGUUCCCCCUUUGGCCGGGGUGGCUGUGGUAUACGGCCGAUAUCUUCGCUCUAUCUCCAAACGCACGCAGGAUGCUCUGGCCCAAGCCACACAGUUGGCAGAGGAACGAAUCAGCAACAUGCGGACUGUCCGAGCCUUUGGGAAAGAACUAUCUGAAGUCAACACAUACACGCAGAAGACGGAUCAGGUCCUCACACUGGCUAGGAGGGAGGCUGUGCUACGCGCCGCCUUCUUUGGAGUGACUGGUCUUAGUGGUAACAUCAUGAUCCUGUCCGUGUUGUACAAAGGAGGCCUUCUGAUGGCGAGCCAGCACAUGACUGUUGGAGAACUCUCCUCAUUCCUAAUGUACACCUUCUGGGUUGGCAUCAGCAUUGCAGGUUUGAGUACUUUCUACUCGGAGCUUAUGAAGGGCUUCGGUGCUGGAGCAAGACUCUGGGAGUUGCUGGACAGAAAACCUGAGUUCCCUCUUAAUGAAGGCCAAGUACUUCCUCCAGAGCAACUGAAGGGCCGCUUGGAGUUCUGCAACGUCUCAUUUUCCUACCCGACCCGCAAAGAUGCUCCUAUCUUCCAUAACCUCAGUCUUCUGAUACCAGCUGGAACAGUCAUGGCUGUAGUGGGACCAAGCGGAUCUGGAAAAUCUACGCUGGUAUCGCUGCUCCUCAGGCUGUAUGACUGUGACUCGGGCUUCAUCACUGUGGACGGCCAUGACAUCAGGGACUUGAAUCCUUACUGGCUCAGAAGUCACAUUGGAACUGUCAGCCAGGAGCCAGUGCUAUUCUCCUGUUCUAUUCGAGACAACAUAGCAUACGGCGCGACAGAACCGGAUGCCGUCACCACAGAGGACAUCUACAGGGCAGCCCGAGUAGCCAACGCAUACGAUUUCAUCCAGGCUUUUCCCAAAGGCUUUGAUACUGUGGUGGGGGAGAAAGGAGUGCUGCUGUCAGGUGGUCAGAAGCAGAGGAUAGCAAUUGCAAGAGCUCUUCUGAAGAAUCCCAAGAUCCUGCUUUUGGACGAGGCCACCAGUGCACUGGAUGCCGAGAACGAGUUCCUGGUGCAGGAGGCUUUGGAGCGGCUCAUGGAAGGGAGAACGGUUGUCAUUAUCGCUCACCGCCUCUCCACCAUCCAGAACGCCAAUGCCGUCGCGGUUCUGGACCAACAUCGUGUGGCUGAAUGCGGCCAGCACACAGAGCUGCUGGGAAACAGACAGGGGCUGUUCCGAAAACUGAUGGAGAAACAAGCUUUUCUUCAGGAGGAACAGAAACGGGCCCUGAGUUAAUCCUCGUCAAAAGGAUGGUAAAAGAGGAAAUGAGUGGCGAUUAAUGGCUUGGGUGAACACUAACAACCCUUUUACCAAGUGAUGAGGCUGUCAAAAGAAUCUAAACGAGUACUGACUGUUUACUACCUUAACUUUAGCAGUAAAAUGUUAUUCCCCACUGGAGGAAUAAAGUUCUAAGACACACUAUUCGAAUUGGAGACACCCAUGGUUUUAAAAUACUGUCAUUGAGGAUUCAUAAUUCAGUUAUAUUGCACGUGAAUGGGUUUAUGAGCUGUGCAAAUACACUUUUUUUAAAAUACCAGAGGCACGCUGUAAUAUUACAGCACACUAAUUUCUAAACCAAGAAAAGAAAAAAAAACGAAAUAGCAAGACACGUUAAGUACUGCUAGUCAUAUAUUUAUGUUCUCUGUGUCCGUUUUGGUAGACGAUUCAACUUGAAGCUCACACGCAGAGCCUUUUUAGAGUUUAUAGUUAAGUGAAGCAGCUAUAUACUGUUGGAGUGAGGGGGGAAAAAAAAGAAGGAAAACACUUUUUUUUUUUUAAAUGAACAUAUUUGAACCUCUAAUGCAUACUUGUAUCCUAAAAUAAUUCUAAGUCCAUAUUAUUACACAAGUGCCAUCUGAAUUUGUACUGAGAUGCACUUAUUGAGAUUUGAUAUUUAGCAACAGUAAUUUACUUAUUUAGGAAGUUUGGGUUGUAAUUUUACUAGUGACUCGCCAGGCUGUACGCCAGAUCGAAUGGCACUAAACCGUUGUACAGAGUGCAUUGUUCUGAAACUACUUUUCUUUCAUGGCCACAGGCUUUGCUGUGAUUCAAAAUUUGAGUCACGGACAGUGGUGUACCACGCCCACUACACCCCUGGUCACGGGUUAACAUUAUACCGUAGUCACAUGAGCUUUCACCACAAACAAACGUUUCUGUAUCUCAAGACAGAGCAAAGGUCUACACAGUGUCGUGUAAUAUUCCGUUUUCAAUAAGACAGUAUAAUAACUAUAUUAUUUUCUUAUGUGCCUGGGGAAGAGUUUCUGUCGCAAGUGCAGUGAUUGAAUUGUGUGUGGUCAAUGUGUAGUGGAAAUUCAAAAGGGCCUCAAAUAUUCCCACACUCUUCUUUAAUUCUUGACUGCCAACGCAAUCCACUUCUUCCUUGACAAUCGAGACGUCUUGCUUGUGUUUCAAUAAGACGAUAACAUUUGGUGUCUCAGAACAUUGUUUCCCAAUAAGAACACCAGGGUUGCAGUUUUUCCAUAUCAAUAAGUUUUUUUGUGCGUCACGAAUUGUAUUCUGUCCAUAAUCGUUCAGUCACAUUCUACCAUGUCGCUGAGUGUGUGGUGGGCUGACCAUUCUUAACUGCCAAAAUUACAACACCAAAAAGGAAAAAGAAAAACACCUAUAAAAUGCAUCUAAUCAGUGUUCACUUAGCUCAAGUUUCAACAUUGGUUAAAUUUCUUAGUUUUUGUGCAUGUAGAGGCUUUUUUUUUUCACAAAAGUUGUAGGAUUUUCAGGAAUGCUUGACCAUGGAUGUUUUAUGUAUAUUAAAUUACAAUUACUUGUACUCUUUACCUUUUAGUUGUUAGCUGCAGGCUUACACUUGGAGUUUUGUAGUGCAAAAACACUUCAUACAUUAUGGGGAAAAAAAUCUUAUAUUUCACAUCCAAACAUGAUUCGCUUUAAUAAUAUACAUUUUUAACAAGCUUUAUUUCCCCGGUGUCUUCUUCCCAGCACAUGACAAUCAUACUAGAGUUAACAGCAAUUCUUCUGACUAAAUAUUUUGCAUGUACAUGCGCAUAUGGCGACUGUGUGUGUGGAGGGCGCGGUGUGGGGGGGGGGGGUCCAUACUGAUUAAUAUUUAGUUAAUAGAAAAGGUUACGUUAAUCGCUUCAAACUCAAAUUUCAGGGUUAACUGAUGUAAAUGAUCUCAAUCUGUCACAUGCUCAGUCUUGGUCGGGGGUGAUUAUGUACAAUAUUGUACAGAGAGGUUUAAGUCUAAAUAUGUUUUAUUAUUUCGAAGGGCUUUACUUUACCAAUUUUCUUUUCCAAAUGACUUUAAAUGUUGAACAUACAACACCUUGAUGAACAAUUUUCAUUUGUUCUUUAACCACGUGACUACAACGAUCAGAUAGCAAAAUGGACAGUGGAGGAACAUUUUUGAUGUGUAUUAUUUUAUAUCAAAGUCAUCAGCUGCUCAGAUCUAUUAUCAUACCAGAAAAUUCACUGAUGGAUUAUGAUUUCAAAUUUUAACUUGAUUCUAACAAGAGAAGAUUAGCCUCACUUUCAUGUUGACGGUGCUCGAAAAGAUGAUAAAUGUUUGUAUAUGUGUAUCAUGGGUUCCGAAAUGAUCUAGGGUACACUUCAAAUCAUGUUUUGUUAAAUUAUUAUAGUUUUGUGAAAAAGAAUAAAGUGGAAUAUGUCUACA